AUGGUAGUAAGCAUCGGUGGUGCUGAAUCAAAAAUUCCAAUAUCAGUUGUAGAUCAUUUUGCCAAUAAUAAAAUGAAAGCUCGUCGUAUGAGUUAUGAUGAAUGUUUUUGUAAUAUAUCUUCAAAUUGUACAAGUCAAGCAAAUCUUGUUGAUAAGUAUUUAAAUCAAAAUAUUUCAGUUAGAGGUUUAAAAAUUGGAUGUUUAUCAAGUGAAUCAUUUCUUCAAUCAACUCUUGAAUGUUUUUAUGAUUUGAAUUGUAUUCAACUUAUUCAAAAUUAUACAAAUUAUGAAUAUAAUAAUAAUUCGAAAAAUUCAUUUAUACCGUUUUCAUCAACAAAUAUGACAAAAAUUUUAAUAAAUACAACAAUAUCUCAAUUAAUUGAUGAAUUAUUUGUUGAUGAUUGGAAUAUAACAUUAAAUUAUUCAUCUUAUUACCGACAAUGUUCACCAAUAGAUUGUUCAUAUUCUUAUAUUCAAAAACUAAAUUCAAUUCAUACAUUACAACUUUUAAUUGGUUUUCAAGGUGGUUUAACAAUUAUUCUUCAAUAG